AUGGAUAGUUCUCUAGUUAUAGAAUUCUGGGGCAAUAAGGAGGUCGAGUGGACGAGUUGUGGAGCGGAGGGAGCUUUUGGAGGUAUGUUGAUUAUGUGGAAAAAGAACCUGUUAUCUCUUAAUUUUAGUUUUAGGGGUGAAGGGUUUGUGGGAGUUAAUGCUUUGUGGAAUGGGAAUUCUUAUAAUUUUAUGAACAUUUAUGCAUCAUGUAACUCUGGACGGAGAAGGAGAAUGUGGAACAAUUUGUUGGAUUUUAAACAUAUGUUUGGUAAUGAUAAUUGGUGCUUAGGGGGGAUUUCAAUGCUGUUUGCGAAAAGGAUGAGUGUAUUGGUAUGUUUACAAGGAGGCAUAUUCAUGUGGUUUAAGGACGCGGGGAAUGCUAUGAGCAGACUGGGCAGAUUUUUGCUCACGGUAAACAUCAUAAACAUAUGGAAGAUAUCAUGGCAAUGA